AUGGAAGCCGACUCUGCCGAGGAACUCACCCACAUUCUCGACCCCACCUCAUUCACUUGCUACACCGAUGGUAGUAAGCAUCACGGGAAGGUCGGUGCAGCGGUCGUCAUCCGGAACCCGAGCGGCUCUACAGUUCUGAGCAAGAAGCUCAAACUGCAUGAUGUCUGCUCGGUGUUUCAAGCGGAGAUGGCCGCCAUCGAUCAAGCAUGCCAACUCAUCAUCACGAAAAAACUGUCACCCGCAAUCAUCCUCACGGACAGCAAGUCAUCGCUGAUGGAACUGUCCAAUCAUAACAGCACCAACCAUCUUUGUAACAACAUUUUUAAAUCACUCCAUCUAGCCAAACAUCACAACAUCAACAUUUCAUUCAUUUGGAUUAGAUCACACAUCGGGAUAUCUGGCAAUGAGGAGGCCGACCUCGCGGCCAAAUCAGCAGCCAACUCCCAUUCAUCCCCUUCAUUCUCCAAAUUCCCCCUCAGCUACAUAAAACAUCACUUCAUGCGGUUAAGUAAAGCCGAACUAGAGGACUUAUACGACACGACAGACAAUUGCCAGUAUACCAAGCAGUGGUGCAGCAAUUACGCUUAG